AUGCCUGCAGCAACGCUCGCCAUUCGACCCGGCACCUCGUCCGACGCCCUCACCGCAUCGCACCUCGACCCACCCUCGUCGCACACCAUGUUGCCCGUCCUCAUCCGCUCCUUUGACCCGCUCCCGCGCUCCCUCAGCCUCGCACUCCCCGCCAACACCACUGCAGCCCAGAUCCUCGACGGCUUCACCCUCGGCCUCACGCGCCUCGCCCACGCAUCCUCGCUCCGUCCCAACAACUUCUCCCUCUGCCACAACGGCCGAGCCCUCGCGCCCGCCAAAUCGCUCUCGACGCUCUUCGCCGAACGCCAUGGGUUCCCGCUCAGCCUCGAGGUGCGGCCCUUGGUCCGCGGCGGAAAGGGAGGUUUCGGCUCCCAGCUGCGCGCCGCCGGUGGAAAGAUGUCGGCGGGCGCAAAGGACGCCAACAACGACUCGUGCCGCGACCUCAACGGACGCCGCCUCGGCGUCAUCAAGGAGGCAAAGAAGCUCGCAUCCUACCUCGAGGGAGAAGAGGAGCGCAAGAGGCAGCUCGACGACGCGCAGAAGAAAAAGUACGCCAAGCUGGAGCGCAUGCUCGGACGCAAGCCAAAGGACCAGCGCGACUUUGAAGAGGCCGCCAACCGCAUGGCCGACGCCGGCGAGAGCUUCGACGACGGCAGCGCAAGCCCGGAGGCCGGGCCCAGCAAGGCGUCGAGGCACAAGGACCAUGACCUCGCCGCCGGGGAUUCUGCGUCGACGGUGGCGGGCACCAAGAGAAAGGAAAGGAUCGAAGACGCGCAGUACGUCGAGCAGAGCCGUGAGAUUGUCGAGAAUGUCAGGAACGCUGUGGCGAGCGCCAUGAUGAAGAAGAAGAAGAAGCUGGCCAAGGGCAAGCCCGCCGUCGCCGCCCGGCCGAGCAAGGCCACCACGGCUGCUUGA